CGAAAAUUAAUGAGUUUCACCAAAAGUGGAUCCUCGUUUAUUUUCUGCUCAUCCCCUUCAUCCAUUCCAAUCAUCCCUCUUACCCUUCUUCGAAACAGGGCCGCAUCGUUACUUUUCGAGGACAACUACGCCAGGGCAGUUAACCUAAAGGGCCACCCUUCUCGACUUCGGCCUUCACACUCAGUUUCGCAUUCAACGGACGCCAGAAACGGGGCUUUUUUGUUGCUUGCAUCAAUCUCGACAAAAAAGUCAUCCACACGCGUCUACUUUCAGUCGUCGACCAACGCCGGCUGUAAAAACGGUAUAGUUUUAAGUCAUGAUGAACGACACCAGUUCUGCCGCCGAUCAACCAGGCGCGCCCAUUUACAGAGGUAAAAACACAGAGACAGCGAACAUCGUUGCCGCCAACGAGUACCAUAGCGGCACAACUACCAACGACGACAGCAGGCCUAGUCUCGAUGUGAGGCGCGAGAGGAAAAGUGUCUAUUCGGAUGAGAGCGAGGAUCGCAGCCAAUUCACAAAGUUCAGGAGCAGGCGCAGUCUUCCAUGGUACCAGAGUCGGGAUCUGCAGAUCGUUGUUGCUAUCACUGCCCUGGCGCUUGUCGUGAGACUCUGGGCAAUUGGAUAUCCCACUUCAGUCGUGUUCGAUGAGGUUCACUUUGGAGGGUUUGCCUCAAAGUACAUCAGAGGUCGUUUCUUCAUGGACGUGCAUCCUCCACUGGCAAAGAUGUUAAUCGCACUUACGGGAUGGCUCUUCGGUUUGAACUCUUCAUUUGAUUUCAAGGAGAUUGGACUGGACUAUAUCGAGCCAAAGGUACCUUACAUCCCAAUGAGAGUCAUGUGCGGUCUUAUGGGGGUCGCAGUCAUCCCUAUCGCAUUUUACACCGUCAGGAACUCGGGACAUUCGAUCCACGCGUCUACUCUCGCUGCCUUGCUGGUUCUCUUUGAAAACAGCAUUGUUACGCAGAGUCGCCUUAUCCUGUUAGAUUCGCCCUUGAUUCUCUUCACUGCAUUCACGGCUCUCGCCUGGGUUAAUUUCUCCAACCAACGUUAUGAUCCCUUCUCAGACGACUGGUUCAUCUGGCUGUUCCUCACAGGCGUUGGACUCGGACUUUCUAUAAGCGUCAAAUGGGUUGGCCUCUUCAUUAUUGCGACGAUCGGCGUCUCGACCCUCAACCAGCUAUGGUCACUUUGGGGCGAUCUCCGAGUGUCUCCACGUACCUGGCUGAACCAUUUCUUUGCACGCGCUCUCUGUCUGAUCGUGGUCCCUGUUGCAGCGUAUAUGUUAAUGUUCGAAAUUCAUUUCUUGCUCCUCGGAUCCAGUGGGGAUGGCGAUGGUUUCAUGAGCGCGCCCUUUCAGAUGACCCUGGGACACUCGCUCCAAGACUCACCUCUCUCGGUCGCAUACGGCGCAACUGUCACGAUUCGUCACCAGGGCACACAGGGUGGUUACUUGCAUUCGCACAACUCGAACUAUGAAACGGGAAGCAGACAGCAACAGGUCACUCUCUAUCCUCACAAGGACUCAAACAACGACUGGAUCAUUCAAAAGAAGGAUGGCUCUAUUCCUGAGGAACUUGAGUAUAUUAAACACGGAGAUUAUGUCCGCCUGGAGCAUGUCCAGACCCAUAAACGUCUCCAUUCGCACGACCACAAGGCUCCGGUGACCGAGAACGAGAACCAUUUUGAAGUCAGCGGAUACGGAUACGAGGGAUUUCCGGGUGAUGCAAACGACGAAUGGCGCGUGGAGAUUGUGAGUCACGAUGGAUCGAAUUCGACAGCCGGGGAGAUGUUGCAUACGCUUCGAUCCAAGUUCAAGCUGGUCCAUGCCAACAUGAACUGCGAUCUAUUUUCGCACAAGGUCAAGCUCCCUAAGUAUGCGUUUGAGCAGCAGGAAGUGACAUGCAUGCGUAGCGCAGUUGUUGCCAAGACGACCUGGAUGAUCGAAUCUAACAGCCAUUCAAACUAUCCCAAGGACGCGCCUUUGGUCAACUACAAGAAGCCCGGCUUUUUGGGGAAAUUUUUUGAAUUGAACAGGGUCAUGUGGACGACCAACGCAGGCUUGACGGACUCGCACCCUUAUGACUCUCGUCCCUCCUCCUGGCCAUUGUUGAAGCGCGGCAUCAGUUUCUGGGGCAAGGAUCAGAAGCAUAUUUACCUGGUUGGCAAUUGGUUCACUUGGUACCUGUCUACGGCGGCGGUCGGAUUGUAUGCUCUCAUCCGUGGUAUCUUGUUUCUUCGGGACAAGCGCGGUUACCGCGAUGACUUCCGAGGCCUGCGCGAGUACUACGAGCUGUCGGGAGGAUUCUUCUUCAUGGCAUGGGUAUUCCACUACCUUCCUUUCUUCCUAAUGGGCCGCCAACUGUUCCUCCAUCACUACCUGCCUGCACUCUACUUCGCGAUCCUACUCCUUAGUGUUACCUUUGAUCUCGGUUGCCGAUUUAUCCCUAAUCGGUUUCGUCUCGUGGCACUAAUCAUUCUUGCGUCCGUCGCCAUCUUCGUUUUCCGCACACGUGCUUCGUUGACCUACGGCUCAGAAUGGACACGAUCCGAGUGCGAGGCGUCUAAGGUGUUGAGCACUUGGGAUUAUGACUGUAAUCAGUAUCCGGAUACGUAUGAACAGUACGCUCUUAAUGCUGCCACCUCUCAGGCUGUAAGUGCUGCCAAUGCAGUCAGCGCUGCGAACAUCCAGAGACAGGAGGGUAUUUUAGAUAGGGCGGUUCCUGCUGCCGAGGUCCCUGUAGCAGAUGUAGGAGAGGAUACUGGAUCAAUCAAGGAUGGAGGAGAGGCCAGCGGGGCGGAUCCAGAGGUGACAAAUCCAGCCUUGGCAGCGGAUGAGGAUAUUGAACCCAGCGAGCUGGCAAAAGAGGAUGCAUAGGGUCUUGUAGCGCGAGGUUAUUCGGUAACACAAAACAAUAAAUUUUCUGCAUGAGGACUCAUCGACGAAGGAAGGGAG